CUCCUCCUCCUCCUCUUCCGUCUUUGGUGGCGUCGUGACGUCAUUACAUCAAUAACUGCCGGCUCCUGCUGCUACCUCUCAAACCCUACACCAGGCGGCCAUAGCUCCAACACAGAGAGACUUUCGCUCCGUCCCGUCCGUCCAUCUUCCAACCCGAGCAGCCAGCCCAGCGUCGUCGUUCAAUUCCAGCCGACACCACACGCAACAAAGAGCCAUGGGUGCGUCUCUCAAGGCCAGCAGCAGCAGCUACUACACCGCAGCAGUGUCGUCCUUGGUGGCCUUAUGGCUGAUCCUGAUCGUUAUCGCCCCAACAGCCGAGGGGAGCAUCAGUUGCUACACGUGCUCAUCUCGCAAUGGCACCGACAUGAGCUGCGAAGAUCCUUUCCAUCCGGCCAUGUCCGAUUACAAAAUCGGUUGCAUGGUGCCCAAAGAAGGUCACGUGGGCAAAUUUCCGGCCAAUUUCUGCGUUAAAGUUGUCGGCACAGUCUAUGGCACCAGGGAGAAGCUAGUCAUCCGAACCUGUACCCUGGAAAACAUGGAAAACCAGUGCGGGGAAUUCAAAUACGAACACGAAAGUCUGGCCGGAUGCAUUCUGACUUGCCAGAGCGACGGAUGCAAUGCGGCAACCAAAAACCUGAUGCUGCCCAGUUUCGCCACCGCUUCCUCAUUCUUCCUAGUCUACAGCGCAAUAACUCUACUAGUCAACGCGUCACCAUCAGUCUGAUGAUCAAAGAAAUCAAAGGACAAUUUCCUAAAUGAAAAAUUCAACGUACAAUUUUUAAAUAAUCCAAGUCGAAAAUUUGUUUUCUUCCGUCGUCAUUUCUUUGAGUGGGGUUUUUUCUCGACCGAAAAAAUAAUCCUUUUUCCAUUGUAUUUAAUAUUAAUUGUAAACAAAAUGAAAGUGUUUCACCGCUUUCGAUUGGUUAAUUCUAAUAAACUUGUUCGAUCCA